GCAAUGCACGUGAUAUUGGAUCAUUAUGAUAUCCGUUUUAAAAUUUAUAACCUCUAGCGGGCGACUACUGUCGUUCUUUACUCACAAUAACAACUGAUAUGAAUACUGCCAAACAGCUGCCUUUCCAAGUUUUUAAAUUCCAACCAAAAUCGCAUGCCAGGAUAAACCAGUCGGCUAUCAUCGUGCUUCAAGAGUGGUGGGGAAUCAAUGACCAAAUCAAGAUGCACGCUCAAAACUUGGCCGACAGAACAGGGGCAGUUACCGUGGUGCCAGACCUCUAUAAAGGCAAGGUCGGCGUCACAGCAGAGGAAGCUAGCCAUUUGAUGGACGGCCUUGAUUGGAGACAAGCUAUGCGUGAGCUGGAUGACUUGAUCAAGCAACUUCGGGAAGCUAAAUACACAAAACUUGGAUCCAUCGGUUUCUGCAUGGGCGGUGGCCUUUCUUUGGCGUUGGCUACUCACCUUGCAAACACGUCUCACCCGUUGGCCGCUGCUGUGACUUGUUAUGGCACUCCACCCAAAGACAUUUUCGACGUCCGCGAAAUCACCAAGGUGACCCCAGUGCAAGGCCACUUUGGCGCCAAGGAUAACAUGAAAGGAUUGAGCGACCCUGAGACGGUCGACGCCUUGGAGUUCAAUCUCAAGAGCGCUACAGGUCGCAAGGCAGACGUGGAGAUAUUCAGAUAUCCUAAUCUCGGUCACGCGUUCUUGAACGAUGAAACUUGGAGUGUGAAGAUGCGCAAGGAACUUGGAAUGGUUGACAAGUCAAAGGAUGUCAUCCACGAAGAACAAGAUGAACGUUCAGCAGCAUGGAACCGUAUUGCCAAUUUCUUUGUCACUCACUUUAACCCCAGCCUAACCGAGCAAAUAGGCGGAUCCAGCUUGUAAUUGUCCUACCAACCACCAUAAAUAAAACCUAUGCUUUUUACAAA